CUGCACAAGACACAGCAACCAUGGCGCCAGCAGCAACCGGAGGCAAGAAGCAAAAGAAGAAGUGGUCCAAGGGCAAGGUCAAGGACAAGGCCAACCACGCCGUCGUGCUCGACAAGAACACCAACGAGAAGCUGCAGAAGGAUGUGCAGUCGUACCGCCUCAUCACCGUCGCCGUCCUCGUCGACAGACUGAAGAUCAACGGCUCAUUAGCGCGCAAGGCCCUGAACGACUUGGAGGAGAGGGGAGUCAUCAAGAAGGUUGUCGCUCACAGCGCGGGUAACAUUUACACUCGAGCUGUUGGCGGUGCUAGCGACUAAGCGAUUCGUUUCGGGAUGCAUACUCUGAGCACAAUGCAGUAUCCAUGGCGCAAGGCAAUGGGAAUGGGAUUGCUUCCUACACUAGGAGCAGAGGUAUGAUGAGGCACGAUGUCCAGCGUUCAGCCGUGAUGGCGGCUCGAGACAGUGCCAGCCUUCGGUAGCCCAGACAGACAGCUGCCACGAAAUGAAGAGACUUGAUUGCU